ACGAGCAUUCCCUGUAAUCCUAAUCGGCCAAUUACUUUCCUCGCCGUACUAACCAAUAAUCAAUCACUUACCAAGUUAAAAUUCAUUCUCCCUCACACAUUUCACACACUAUCCACCAUUAAAACACAAGUCUAAGUUGUUAUUCCGAUGUGAAACACACUGUAAUUCCCAAUAUUCCGUGCUUCCUCUCACUUGGCAGCCGUGCAUGAACCUCUCUAUCUCUCCGUUACUUCCCCAUGAACGUAUAAUCCCAGCGUUCUCAUUUUUUUUAACAGUUUUGUCUCUCUUCUCUAUCUGAAAAUGACUUAUCAGAGUCUUGAACAACUUUUGAUUAUGGCGUUUUUGAUCGUCGUUUUAAUUUCUCCGGCGAGUUCUUCAAACAGAGACGUCGCCGUUUUGCUAUUAGUCAAGAAUGGUAAACUCGACGAUCCGAAUGGUAGACUCAGUGACUGGAACAACUCAACUCACAAUGCUCCAUGCAAUUGGACUGGCAUUACCUGUGAUUCGCAGAGCCACGGCGUCGUUUCAAUUGACCUCAUCAGCUUCGAAAUCGCCGGAAAAUUUCCAGCGGAUUUCUGCCGGAUUUCGACGCUCAAAAGCCUUAACCUCGGCGAUAACAAUUUCUACGGUGCCAUCUCUGCAAACUCUAUCUCUCUCUGCUCACGUCUCCGAUCAUUGAAUCUCUCUUCCAACUAUUUCGUUGGUGAAUUACCGGAGUUCACGACGGAAUUUGCAGAGUUGAGGUUGCUCGAUCUUUCAGCGAACAACUUUUCCGGCAAAUUCCCGAUGAGUUUCGGAAACUUAGCGAAACUUCAGGUGCUGUGUCUUUCCGGAACCUUGCUCAACGGCUCAAUCCCUGAGUUCUUGACCAAUCUAACCGAGUUGAUUCGUCUUGAACUCGCUUCACCUUCGUGGAAGCCAAGUCCACUGCCUUCUACAAUAGGACGACUCACUAAGCUUCAAACUCUAUGGCUUGCGUACUCAAAUCUCAUCGGAGACAUUCCCCUCUCGAUUGGAAACCUCAGUUCUUUGAAGAAUCUCGAUCUUUCGCAUAACCUACUCACCGGUAAAGUCCCUUCAAGCAUUUCUCGACUGAAAAAUGUGGAACAAAUCGAGCUCUACGCGAAUGAACUGUCAGGUGAAUUGCCAGACGCGUUUGCAUCCUUGACUUCGUUGCGCCGGUUUGACGCUUCUCAGAACAAUCUCACCGGCAAAAUACCGGAUAGUCUCGCCGGUUUGCCUCUCGAAUCAUUCAAUCUCAAUGACAACAACCUCGAAGGCAAAAUUCCAGAAAUUUUAUCUUCAAACCCUAAUCUCCACCAAUUGAAACUGUUCAACAACAAUUUUUCCGGUACUUUACCGGUGGAUUUAGGUAUGAAUUCAGAUUUGGAGGAUUUUGACGUCUCUGGGAACAAUUUAGAAGGUCCACUGCCUCCCAAUCUCUGUUACACAAAGAAACUUCAACGUUUACUCACUUUCAGUAAUAGAUUCUCUGGUACAAUUCCAGAGUCGUACGGCCAGUGCAGUUCUUUGACGUACGUUCGACUCGAAAAAAAUGAAUAUUCUGGACAACUACCAAUUGAUUUUUGGAGUAUUUCUGGACUAGAACUCAUUCAACUGUAUAGCAACAGGUUCGAAGGUUCGAUUCCGCCUUCAAUUUCCAACGCUCGAGGUUUUACUAAGUUACUGAUCUCCGACAAUAACUUUUCCGGUGAGUUGCCAGCAGAAAUAUGCGGUUUACAAGACCUCGCACUCUUCGAUAUAAGUAACAAUCUAUUUUCUGGUGCAUUGCCUUCGUGUAUAACCAAAUUGAAGAAACUGCAGAAGCUCAACCUUCAGAAAAACAGAAUCACCGGUGAAAUUCCAAAAGCUGUUAGUCUAUGGACAGAGCUAACGGAAAUUAAUUUAUCGAACAAUCAAUUAACUGGAGAUAUUCCAGGCGAGCUUGGGAAAUUACCGGUGUUAACGUAUUUGGAUCUUGCCGGGAAUUUACUUACAGGCGAGAUUCCAGCAGAGCUGACCAAGUUGAAGCUCAACAUAUUCAACAUCUCCAAUAACAGGCUUGAAGGCAAAGUGCCCCUUGGUUUCGAUAGUGAUUUUUUUGUCACAAGCUUAGUGGGUAACCCGGAUCUGUGUAGUCCAGAUUUGAAACCACUCCCUCCAUGUGCAAGACCCAAACCCGUUAGCCUCUACUUGGUGGGUAUCCUAUCGGCCUUGGCUCUAAUACUUGUCGGGUCACUUCUUUGGGUCCUGGUCAAGGCCAAAAACUCGUACACAUUUCGUGGUAGAAAUAAACGGUCAUGGAAGAUCACCACAUUCCUACGGGUUGGGUUCAACGAAGAAGACGUGUUAGCUUCGUUAACUGAUGAUAACCUUAUUGGAAGUGGAGGGUCAGGUCGUGUGUACAGAGUGAAGCUCAAGAGUGGGCAGACCGUGGCUGUGAAAAGGCUAUGGGAAACUAACCAGCAAUCGGAAACUGAGGGGGUGUUCCGAUCAGAGGUGGAGACAUUGGGUACAAUCCGGCAUGGCAAUGUUGUAAAAUUGUUGUUUAGUUGCGCUGGAGAGGAUUUAAGGGUACUGGUGUAUGAGUUCAUGGAAAAUGGAAGUUUAGGGGACGUUUUGCAUGGGGAGAAGGGUGGGGUGGUGUUGGAUUGGGCCAUGAGGUUCACGGUGGCAGUUGGGGCGGCACAAGGGCUGGCCUAUUUGCAUCAUGACUGUGUGCCCGCAAUUGUGCACCGGGAUGUUAAGUCGAACAAUAUACUUCUGGAUGAGGAGUUUAGGCCGAAGAUAGCAGAUUUCGGGCUGGCUAAGACAUUGCAGCAGAAUGACCAGGAGGGUGGUGGAGUCAUGUCACGGGUCGCGGGUUCCUACGGCUACAUAGCGCCAGAGUAUGCAUACACCUUAAAUGUUACUGAGAAGAGUGAUAUAUAUAGCUUUGGUGUGGUGCUAUUGGAGUUAAUAACUGGGAAGAGGCCAAAUGACUCCUCCUUCGGUGAGAAUAAGGACAUUGUGAAGUGGGUGACAGAUGUUGUCUUGUUACGUCCAGGGCAAGGAGGCAUCAUUACUGGCAAUUGUGGUGCAGAUAUAAGUCAGCUCAUAGACACAAAGUUGAACUCAUCAACGUGUGAUUUUGAAGAGAUUGAGAAGGUUUUGAACGUG